AUGUCUGAGCUGGCUGUGCCCAGAGCCCAGAGUGAUGUACUGGAUGAUGCCGACAGCGGGAAUGAAAGCCGUAGUGGGAGUGAAGAGACCCAUGUGUGCGAGAAGUGUUGCGCUGAGUUCUUCAAGUGGUCGGACUUCUGUGAACAUUUAAAAAGCUGCACCAAGAACCCGCUGGUGCUCAUCAUAAAUGAGAAUGAGGGUGCUCCCAACCCCUCCCAGGAGUACCCUGCAGAGCCCUCUCCUGUACCCAGCUGCCCCAGUGACCAGGCAGACAGCGAGGACCCUGGAGAGGGCAACCAAAGCCCCAUUGGGGAGGGAGAGGAGGUCCCAGAGAUUACACCCCCGGAGGGGGUCAGUGCCCUGGAGAAGGAGGACGAGCCGAUGGAGCUGGAACUAUCUCUUGAUAAACCCCUGGACCCAGAGGAGAGAGAUGCAGUGUCCCCUGAGCCAGAUGGCUCCCUACCUCAGUUAAGCGAUGCUGCCCCCUCUGCAGUCGCAAGCUACACCAUGCCAAGCACCAACGUCACCCUGGAAACACUUCAUGGGACACGGGUAGCUGUAGCCCAGUUUUCGCAGAGUGUGAGGGCGGCGGCGGCAGGCAGUGGGGUCUCCACCAUGGCCAUUCCCAUGAUCCUGGAUCAGCUGAUGGCCCUCCAGCAGCAGCAGAUCCACCAGCUGCAACUGAUAGAACAGAUCCGGAGUCAGGUCGCUCUGAUGAACAGACAGCCUCUGCAUAACUUCAUAACUCCCCCUGUCCAUCAGAUGCCUAUUAGGUUGCCAGCCACUCUAAGUGGGCAAGGCCCCUCUCCUCUUACCUCAGCAAUAGACGGGACUCUCUCUCACACACUACAAAGUGGCAGUCAGCAGUCUAACUCGUCAAACCCCACUACAUCCACAGUUAACUCAGUCUUCCCCCCACCCAGCAGCAAUGGGCUGUCAUCUCUGCUGCCCCCCUGCUCCUCCUCUGUAAUGAAUAAAAACAACAGUAGCAGCAGCAGCAGUAGUGUAACAGGUGGUGGUGGCACCAGCAGCAGCUCAGUCCUUCCCAGAAACUGCUCCUCUCCUCCGUCGCUAAGCCACGGCAGCCUCCUGAGCUCAGCCUCGAGUCUACCACUGAUACCUCACAGUUCUUCGAGCAGCGUCAUCUUUCCCAACCCGCUAGCCAGCAUAGCAGCCACGGCCAAUGCUCUUGACCCCCUCUCUGCGCUGAUGAAGCACCGCAAGGGGAAGCCCCCCAACGUUUCUGUGUUUGACACUAAGCCCAGCUCUGAAGACCCCUUCUUUAAGCAUAAGUGUCGAUUCUGUGCCAAAGUGUUUGGCAGUGACAGCGCCCUGCAGAUCCACCUGCGCUCCCACACUGGAGAGAGGCCCUUCAAAUGUAACAUAUGUGGAAACCGUUUUUCCACAAAGGGGAAUCUAAAAGUUCACUUCCAGAGGCACAAAGAGAAAUAUCCACAUAUUCAAAUGAAUCCCUACCCUGUACCAGAGUACCUGGAUAACGUACCCACCAGCUCAGGCAUCCCAUAUGGCAUGUCUCUUCCCCCUGAGAAGCCAGUGACCACAUGGCUAGACAGCAAACCUGUACUCCCCACUGUUCCCACCUCAAUUGGACUCCAGCUCCCUCCCACUUUGCCAAGCAUGAUCGGAGGUUUUGGUGAGUCUCCAAGUAUAACCCCUCUCAACAGAUCCCCACAGAGGCCAUCUCCUCCAUCAAGUGAGUGUCCAUCACUGUCCCCUAAUAUUCUCAUCGAUUCUGGAAUGACCACUACUUCACUAUCCCCGAAACCAAACCCAGGGAGUGAUGUAUCUCGCCACCUGAAAAGCGAGGGUGUUCACUUGCCUCCAAACUGCUCCACUAGGCCAGGGGAGAACACCACCACCACAACUGUAGUAACUCAAGCUGUACUUUCCACCUCCGUCACCUCCACCACAUCUACCAGCAGUAGCCAGGUCACUGAAACUGUCAAUAACCCUGACCCUAUUUCCCAUCCUGUCCUCCCUGCGCUCUCAGAGCAGUUCAAGGCCAGAUUUCCCUUUGGCGGCCUCCUAGACUCUAUGCAAACAUCUGAGACCUCAAAACUACAACAACUGGUGGAGAAUAUUGACAAAAAAAUGACUGACCCCAACCAGUGUGUCAUCUGCCAUCGGGUUCUGAGCUGUCAGAGUGCUCUCAAGAUGCACUACCGCAUCCACACUGGUGAGAGGCCUUUCAAAUGCAAGAUAUGUGGGCGGGCGUUCACCACCAAGGGGAACCUGAAAACACACUUUGGCGUCCAUAGAUCGAAACCUCCACUCCGUGUCCAGCACUCCUGUCCUAUCUGCCAGAAGAAGUUCACCAAUGCAGUUGUCCUACAGCAGCAUAUCCGUAUGCACAUGGGAGGGCAGAUCCCAAACACCCCGCUGCCUGAGAGUCUUCAGGAAAUGGAUGCAGAUCUCUCUUUUGAUGAAAAGAGCUUAGAUGCAAUGAGUAACUAUGAUGAUGACUUUCUGGAUGAAAUGGAGCUGGCUAUGGAGGAGGAAGCUGACCUAAAGGAAGGAGAAAUGGAUCCAUCUAAACCUUAUUCACCAGGUAGCUCCCCGCCGACCUCCGUCAUCUCCAGCAUAGCUGCCUUGGAGAACCAGAUGAAGAUGAUUGACUCCACUGCUAACAUGACCCGUGCAUUCAGUCAGAAGACUACACGAAAUGGCAACAGUUUUGGAGGAGAGGGUGAUUUCUUUACUAACGAUUCCCUAUCUGCAAUGGGGGAUAUGGAAGGUCAGAGCCUGGGAAGUCCGGCCCUGUCUGAGUCCUCUGGCUCCAUGCAGCACUUAUCCCCGACCCACAGCCACUCAGAGAGCCAGCACUCUAAGUCCCCCACUACACUCAAUAACAAUAACAACAACAGCAGCGCCAUGACAGAAGAGGAAGGGCAGGAAAGCAAUCCAGCAGGCCUGACAACAGUGAAGUCUGAGAAAUCAGAGACCCCUUCCCCACUUCCUGCAUCUGAAGGCACUGGGGCCCUGGACCUCACUGCCACUCAGCCUGGCAGGCACUUUAUCAAGGAGGAGAGCCACUUAAAUUUGCUCUUCCUUAACAGAGACCGAGGCCUGAGCGCUCCUAAUUUGGCCACCACGGCAUCCAACAUGAUCAAAAUGGAAAUGAAUGGCCACAGCAAGGCAAUGUCCCUGAGUGACAACCCUCACCUUCCUGUGGGCAUCCAGGUGCCUGCCGCAGCACCCCAGACAACCAUGAGCCCCAGCAUCACCCCUAUGCUGGCCCCACCCCCUCCCAGACGCACCCCAAAGCAGCACAACUGCCACUCCUGUGGGAAGAACUUCUCCUCAGCCAGCGCCCUGCAGAUACAUGAACGCACCCACACUGGGGAGAAACCCUUUGGCUGCUCUAUCUGUGGAAGGGCUUUCACCACUAAAGGCAAUCUGAAGGUGCACAUGGGCACACACAUGUGGAACAAUGCGCCUGCCCGCAGGGGUCGGCGUCUGUCCGUGGAGAAUCCCAUGGCCUUGUUGGGCGGAGAUGCCAUGAAGUUCAGCGAGAUGUUUCAAAAGGAUCUGGCAGCCAGGGCCAUGAAUGUCGACCCAGGCUUCUGGAAUCAGUACGCAGCCGCCAUUACCAAUGGCCUGGCCAUGAAGAACAAUGAGAUCUCCGUGAUCCAGAACGGAGGCAUCACCCAGCUGCCUGUCAGCCUGGGUGCAGCAGGAAUCACCUCAUUGGGAGCCCUGCCUGGAGGAAUGGACCAGGUACACACCAGUGGCAGCCCUCCCAUGACAGCCAUGGACAAAAGUGGCCUGGAUGUCGGGGCCAGUCGGCCUUUCUCCAGGUUCAUGGAGGAGAACAAAGAGAUUGGGAUCAAUUAA